AUGUUGGUGAAAGAUGAAGAUUGUAAAAGCAGGUGGAAAAGCAUAAGAGAUUAUUAUCAGCGUAGAAGAAAAGAAUAUUUGAAAGGGACAACGACUGGUUCGGCAAAAGGGGAUUGUGCAAAUAAUUUUUUUAAGAAAUUUGAGAAUCUCCGAUUUUUGGAUGGUACCUCAAUUGUGGAAAGAAAAACCAUCAGUAACAUCCAAAUUUGUAGUGACGACAGUCAGGACACUCAACAAAAAACACAAAUACCUGACGAGGAGAUAGAAAUCGAUGAAAAUGUAUAUUUUCUUGAUGAUAACGAAAUUAGAGAAAAUGAGGAUGUCGAACGCUCAAAUAUAAAUGAGUUUGAAGUUCCGGCCAUAAGUCGCAAAAUUCCCAACAAGGAACCCCCACAAUCCGAGAAUCCUAUUAAGAAAAAAAGGGUUGUUUCCAAAGAAAAAAAUACAUUACUACUAGACGAAAUAAAAAAAGGUCGAGCAGAACGAACAAAUAUUCUUCGAGAGCUUGUGAAUAACACACAACCACAAAAGCAGCAGUCAGAACUGGAAUUGGGAGAUCCUGCAAUAAGUAUGUUUUUUAAAAGUAUAGCUGCCACAGUUUCUGGAUUUAUUGCCAUUCACAAGGCUAAAAUCAAAGCCGAAAUUAUGAAAAUAGUUUCAGACUAUGAAAUAAAAGAAUCUGAACUACAGGCAAGUACAUCUACGGGACAAGUGCACAGUGAAUGGGUAGAAGCUUCAAAUUAUACCAGAUUUCCACCAACUACAUCGUCUAGAUGUGACCGUUCUUUAGUGGACAAUAUAUAUAUUAGUUCUGAAGAAACAAGUGUGCGCUCUCAAAGUGCAAAUUCCUACAUUCAUUCGCCAGAUUCAUAUGACAGCAACUAA